AAAACUGCAUCUGCUGGCUGCCACAAAAGUUUCGUGUUUCAUCAGAAAGAGAUUGUUCAAUCUUGAUUUUCCGUAGUUUGUUGGUUGCGUAUUACAAAAAAGGCUUUUAAUUCAGCUGAAAAGACAUCGUAAUGAGUACGGAGAUGGAGGAGAUCCUGAACGAAACGGUUCCACAGUCCGAGCUGGAGAAAUUCGAGAAAAAAUACAACCGUGAGCUGCAGAGCAAGAGCCUUUCCCAUACUUCCCAGUUCGAAUAUGCCUGGUGCCUGGUGCGGAGUAACUACGCCAAUGAUAUGAGAAGUGGCAUCACACUGCUGGAAGACCUCUGCAGGAAAAAUCCCGAAGGAAAGCGAGACUACAUCUACUAUCUGGCCCUGGCCUACACCCGCCUAAAGGAGUAUUCGACGGCCAUGAAGUAUGUGCAGGCUUUCCUGGAGAUCGAACCCAACAACCAGCAGGUCAUCAGUCUGGAGGAGUACAUCAAGAAGAAAAUGGAAAUCGAAGGCUUGAAAGGUGUGGCCAUGGCCGGCGGGGCUGCCCUGGUGCUCGGAGGCAUCCUUGGAAUUGGAUUUGCGCUGGCGAAGAAAUGAAAAUCACAGAAUAAGUAAACAUAUCUCUGCUGCUUCAUCAUCUACCGUGUAAUUUUGGGGAAAAUUUAUUUCGUCUAGGGACUGUUUAUAAAUUUAUGUGAUUUUUUUUACCAUUUCAAUGCAAGGCUGUCGAACAUUCUCACCAGUAAUCACUAUUUUCUGUUCGUACUAAUGUCCCAAAUUUCGUUGAUGGUAAAUCUGCUUUUUGUUGAUGAAUUUAACAUCGGUAUUUGGACUGGGAGUUAUGUUUACUAAAGAAAAAUGAUAAAACAUUACAAAGCAUGCCUGAGAAGAACUGAUGAUUGUAAAUAUGUGAACGGACCGAGAAGCAAAUAGGUGUAAGUUAUACAAAUAUAUUGAUUGCACAUUAGCACCAAACAGAAAGAAUAAACAUAUUUAUGGUAACAAAA